GAAGUGAGACUUUUUCCACCGCCUAGCGUUACCUCCUCGACGCUUUUCAUCUCACUGCCUGGUUAGUUUCGGCUCACGAGUUCAAAAACAAUGAUUCAAACCGAGAAAAUGUCGAUAUUGCUCUCAGGUUAGCCCAUAUUCCGCGUGAAACAACUCACUUCCGGUUCUGUCACAAAUCCGCGUCCUGCGUCUUUAACUAAAGGGGCCGCGCAGUAAGAGCUGCAACGUUUUAAAGGCUGAUCAUCCGCCCACUCGGAAUCCAUUCAUAAAUAACACACCGUGUGGGGAAGGAGGCUCGCGCAGCAUCUGAUCUCUUUUAUCAAUUCGCGUCGAUCGCGUGCGCGUGUGCGGCGGCAGGAAGCGGAACAUGUUCACCGCGGUCGGGGACCGUGAAUCGGGGGCACGGCUGGGAGGGCAGAAGUGACUUCCCAUGGCUGACCCCCCCCUGCUGAUGGUUUUGACUUCAUGUGCGACCGGUCAGGAGGCAGCUCGAUCUAGCUGCGAGCGUUUCCUUCGGGAGGUUCGGCGUUGUGUACAUACUUCUGCCUCACUCAAAGCCGCCCUCGUUUAAACAGUCUUGCGCUUCCAUCCCUCUUCUUCUUCUUCUUCUUCUUUUUAUUUUUUAUUUUUGAAUAAAUGAAAACAUACCCGAAGAGUCUGCGAGCCGCCCGACCGAUGGAGCUGUGAGUUAUGGCAGCUAAAGAGGAACUGUACGCCAAAGUGACGCCGCGGAGGCAGCGGCAGAGCCGGCCGAGCACCGUGAAACAUGGGUCCACUCUGGACGUGCUGCUGUCCAUGGGCUUCCCCAAGACCAGGGCCUUGAAAGCUCUGGUUUCGACAGGAGGGAAAAAUGUCCAGGCAGCUUGUGACUGGCUCUUCUCCCACGUGGACGACCCGUUCUUGGACGACCCUCUGCCCAGAGAGUACGUGUUGUAUCUGCGGCCCAGCGGCCCGUUGCUCCAGCAGCUCUCGCACUUCUGGCAGCAGUCCCGCGUCUCCUGUGGCAAGAACAAGGCGCACAACAUCUUCCCCCACAUCACCCUCUGCCUGUUCUUCAUGUGCGCCGACGACAAGGUCGAGGCGCUGACCGAGGCGCUCGUGACCACCGUGGCCAAGUGGAAGGGUCGUAUCCCCAUGCCCCUCCCGCUGGAGCUCUACACCUCCUCCACCUUUAUUGGCCUCUUCGUGGAGGAGCAGAUGGCAGAGGUGCUGAAGAGUUUCGCGUCUGAUUUUGCCACCGAAGCAACAGCCAAAGCAGAUGUCCAUGUUGAGCCUCAUAAGAAACAACUUCAUGUCACUUUGGCAUACCACUUCCAAACCAGUCACCUCCCAACCCUGGAGAAGUUGGCCAAAUCGGUGGAUGUGUCGUCAGGCUGCGACUGGCUGGCUGUGCUCUUGUCUCGCGAUAUUCGGUUCGCUAAUCACGAGACACUGCAAGUCAUGUACCCGUAUGUGCCUCAGAAUGAGGACGAGCUGGAGCUGAUGCCGGGAGACUUCAUCUUCAUGGCCCCCGCGGAGCAGAGCAGUGCCAGCGAGGGCUGGGUGUACGGCACGUCGCUGGCCACCGGGUUGUCGGGGCUGCUGCCCGAGAACUACGUCAACCGCGCCGACGAGUCCGACACCUGGGUCCUCCACGGGUCUCACUCGAUGACCACCUGCACCUCUCCGUCUAACUACGGCAGCACCGUGGCUGGGUCCUUAUUUGAUGGGCAGCUGGGCGACAGUCUGCUGGACACUUUUACGGCUUCUCCGGGCCACGCUGGCCAGUGUCCUCCUAUGCAGGUGCCGGGGCCAACCAGUCAGUCGUCCCCGUCCAAGAUGAGGCUGUUUGUGUGUCGCCAUGGGGAGAGGAUGGAUGUGGUGUUUGGGAAGCACUGGAUCACUCAGUGCUUCGACGCUAAAGGCCGAUACAUUCGCUCUAAUCUCAACAUGCCAUCCAGCCUGCCAGCUAGAAGCGGAGGUCACCGGGAUUAUGACAAGGAUUGUCCAAUUACUGUGUUUGGCUCCACCCAAGCCCGUCUAGUAGGCGAAGCCCUGUCCGAAAGCAACACAAGAGUUGACUUUGUUUACUGCUCUCCUUCUCUACGCUGCGUGCAGACUGCUCAGCACAUCCUGCAGGGUCUGCAGCUGGAGGGAAAGACAAAGAUCCGUGUGGAGCCUGGAUUGUUUGAAUGGACCAAGUGGGUUUCAGGUACAUGUUUACCUGUCUGGAUCCCCCCAGCUGAGCUGGCUGCCGCUAACAUGAGUGUGGACACAACUUACAGACCUCAUUUUCCUAUAAGUAAACUGGCGAUCUCAGAGACUUACGACAACUACAUCAGCCGGAGCUUCCAAGUAACCAGAGAGAUCCUGGUGGAGAGCAAAAACUUGGGAAACACGGUGCUGAUUGUGGCCCACGCUUCCUCCUUGGAGGCUUGCACUCGCCAAAUACAAGGCCUCAGCCCCCAAAGCGCCAAGGACUUUGUUCAAGUGGUCCGAAAGAUUCCUUACUUGGGCUUCUGUGCUUGUGAAGAAAUGGGAGAGACCGGGGUGUGGCAGCUGGUCGACCCACCCAUCCUGCCUCUGACACAUGGACCCAAUCACAGUUUCAACUGGAGGGAAAUGCUAAUGCAAGACUGAAGGAUUGGCUGGCUGGCUCUCUAUCUUUUGGCACUGGAACUGCUGAAAAAAUAUUUAUUUUUAACCCACCCUUCUGCUAUAGAUUCAGCCCAACUACCAAAAAUAAGAAGAAACACACAAAAAAACACGCCUGGCUUCCGUCAAAGACAUCGUGCAAAAAAAUGUUGCAAAUGUAUUCAGAUGCACUGCUCAGGAAUGAGAAACAGUUUGUGUUGAGAUGACAGCAAAAAUGAGCUACAAAUGGGGCGGCAGUCGCGUUUCCCUCAAUGUUCCACUUCUUUGCCCAAAAAGUAGAGGGGCCGCAGGAUAUGUGGACACUUCUUGAUGGUUGAUGAUGAGUCACGUUUUAUGCCACAAGAAGCUGUCAACUGUCCGUGGCUCCUCCUCCUCAGGCGGCCGCGUUGAAGUGUUUGUGAACCGCUUCCUUUUCACACACUGUGAUAAGAAAUAGAUGAGAAAGACUUAUUAGAAAUAUUUUUUACAUGUGUCAAAAAAAUUACUAUUUAACUUGUAGCUACGAGCCUCCUGCAAAAAAAGCACAAAAGAAAUGUUGACAAUCAGAACAGAUCAUUGUUUCUGGUGCUGAGGUGGGUAGUUUACGAUGCCUGUUUCACUCCUGUAAAUGUCAUACCAUUAGGUGAUUCUCCUAAGUUAAAAUGAAUGUGCACACAUGAAUUGUUUUAAUCUUCCUUUAAUUGAGUUUUGCUUGCCACCAUAUAAGCAACAAAGUAAAUAUGACUUGAACAAAUUAAUAUAAUUAAAUGCAGACUGCUGUUGGGUGCAUUGACUAAAACGUGCGUUCUUCACCAUGAGCCUAAGAUUCUUUAAGCCUGAUAACCACACUGCUUUUCAAAUAUUUGGUUCAUUUUAUUUCUUUGGUUACGUCAGAUGAUUUAAGUGCUUACUGUCCAUACCAAUUAUUUGUUGUGCGACUCAAACAUCCUAGUGAUACUGAAUAAAGCCAGGUUGUGGAGUUAUGAAGGCCUAUAAAUAUCAGGUAGUAACAUGUAUUGUGUAAAAACAUAUGGGAAUUAAGGUUGCUCUGAAUAACAAUAACAUUUACACAACAUGCUCAGCUUACAUUUGAAUUGGGCCCCACAUUUCGUCUCGUUUAGGUCACCAGUCCGUCUUGAAGUGUCAAUGGCAGUGGAUGUGGAUGACAGAAACAUACUAACCAAUAUGUUUGAUUGACUAUAACUUUGUACUGUAGUGAGCACCAGUUUCUAUAUCUGUCACAUGCUGAAGAGCAGUGUUGAAUAAAUAAACGAAGGACAAAGUAA